AUCGUGUUGGAGCACCCGACAAACAUGAGUUUAAAGGAUUGUUUGAUUAACUCUUCGAGUUUGACAUGGCAGCGAAGAACCCAGAUCGCAUUUGACAUCGCGAUGGGGUUGCAUUACCUGCAUUAUUGCAUAGUCCCGUCUUACAUGCAGACGGGACUAUGUAGUGAAAAUAUCUUUGUGACAUCAAAAUGGAGGGCAAAACUCGCAGUUUUGUCUCGAAAUUUGAAUCCCGGGGUCAUGGGAUCAACCACCACGAUCUUGGGAUUGGAGUAUGAGAAGUUUGAUUCUUUGAAGACGUUAGAGAAAGAAAAUAUUUGGGAAUUUGGGAUGGUUUUGCUCGAAAUAUUGUCGGGGAAAGUGAAGACUGAUAGAACAUCAUUACGCGACUCGAUCGGCUUUUUAGGAGGUGAGGGUGGUGAAGGAGGGUGUUUUGAGAAUUUGAAGAGUUUUAUGGACCCUUGUUUGAAGGAGGACUAUCGGUUGGCUGAGGCAUUGUGUUUAGGAGUAUUGGCUAAAGCUUGUGUGGAAAAUGAUCCUUUGCAUAGACCAUCCAUGGAAGACAUCCUCAAAGUCCUUGCUAGAAUGGUAUGAUUUCAAUUUUCAAUGUUGAGAAGCAUAAAUAUAUGGGGUACUUUUGAUAAUUCUAUAUAUAAAUACAAGUUAAUGUUGAUAUGUACACAUUGUUCUAAUAAAUACAAGUAAAUGUUGAUAUGUACACAUUGUUCUAAUAUAUUUGUUUUAUGGUUGUGUGUUUAA